AUGUCGUCGCCGCUGUCAGAGGCCCAAGAAGAGGCUGCAGAUGCUACCAACGAGCGCCGCUCACGUCGCUCUGGACGCGUCUCACGCAAGCCCGAACUCUACAUCGAAGAAGCCCCCGCUGCUUCAAAGCGCAAGCGUGACGCCGCAGAUGACGACCAAGACGACCAGAACGAAGAAGAUGAUGAAUCUGACGAGGAUGAAGAGAGCGAACCUGGCGAGGAAGAGCUCCGCGAACAACAAGCCAAGGCGCGCAAGACAAAAGCUGCGGCACCAAAGAAACCCGCGGCCAAGCGCUCAAAGACGAACGGUACCUCGGUCGCAUUGCCCGCAAGAGCUGCGGGUAAGAAGAGCCGCUCAAAGAAGGCCAAGGGUGUAGAUGAGGCGGUCGCAGAAGAAGCCGGAGGUCUUUACGCUGAGGUCUUUGCCCGAGGCAAGACAUUGGACGAGGUGGCUAUCGAAUGGCUGGCAUCAUUCACCGAACACGAGUCUCGUGCUGUGGCAGAUCUGGUCAACUUUGUCCUGAGGUCAGCUGGCUGCGAGCUGCAAGUUACGAGCGAGGACAUCGAAGACCCGGAUAACUGCGCGAGCAAGCUCGGAGAUUUGCAAGACGAGUUCCAGGCACAAAACCUUUCCGAGUACCCUAUCAUCGCAAAGGGCAAGGGUACCGCUGCCUUCAAGGAUUCGCUGACCGGCUUCUUCUACACACUGAUCAAGGCCAUCCACACCACCAAGGUCCUCUUCACCAACAUCGAACUCAUCGAGAACAUUCAAGUAUGGCUCAGCACCAUGUCAGCAGCACAGAACAGACCGUUUAGACACACCGCAACUGUCGUUUCCCUGGCCAUUAUUACUGCCCUGUGCGAGAUUGGUAGCGAGCUUGCUGACGAAGCCUCGAAAGCCCUGCGCCAUAGCGAGACACAGAAGAAGGGCAAAAACGCCAACAAGACAAGAGUCAGCGAGUUGCAAAACUACUCGAAGCAAGCAAAGGCGAACCAAGAAAUCCUCGACAAUACUGUCAAAGACUGGUUCGACACCAUCUAUAUUCACCGCUACAGAGAUGUAGACCCUCACAUUCGUGUGGAUUGCGCAAGAGCUCUUGGAGACUGGAUAGUAGCGUACCCAGACCAAUUCUUCGACGGCCAGCAUCUGCGAUAUCUUGGAUGGGUACUCUCGGACACAAACCACUCAACCCGCCUUGAGGUCAUCAAGCAGCUUCACCGAUUGUAUGCCGACAAGGAUAAACUUGGUGGUCUUAAGACCUUUACCGAGCGCUUUAGAAGUCGCAUGGUCGAGAUGGCCACCAGAGAUGCCGAAUCGAGCGUACGAGCGGCAACAGUCGAGCUCUUGGACGAUCUCAGAGAAGGCGGUCUGCUCGAGCCUGAUGACAUCGAUGCCAUUGGAAGAUUGAUCUUUGAUGCAGAGCCGCGAGUGAGAAAGUCAGUGGUUGGCUUCUUCGCCGAAAGUAUCAACGACGCUUAUGAGGCGAAGGUUGAUGUGCUUGGCGGUCAAGAAGCCCUGGAGGAAAUUCUCGGAGAAGAUAACGACUCUUUUGACAGCCCAUCUGUAGAGUGGAUCAAGCUCAAGUGUCUUGCAGAAGGUCUGGACUCGUACGAUUCGGCAGACGGUCCUUUGCCGCCCAGUGUUGAAAGAGGUCCUGGACAAGGAGGCUUCCUACUGCAUGCCGGCUCAUCAGAAUCUCGCUUCACGGUUGCCGCAGAUACACUGCAUGAUCAGAUUGAGGAGGUUCGCGAAUGGGAGAAACUGGCCGGAUACCUCCUUUACGACACUUCUGUUGCAGACCAAAACGGCGACACCGCCAGUGGCGAGUCACAACUCAAACAGGAGUUGAGGCUUACAGAGAGUGAAGAGGUUAUUCUUCUAGAAGUCCUGAACUCAUCUGUCAAGCAAGCGGUCGCUUCUCUGGUAGAAGCGCACUCCGACAAAAGAACGAAGAGAACCAAGAAGCAGAAGGAAGACAUCGAAGAGAUGCAGGAACAGGCAGCACGCCACCUUGCCAACUUGAUUCCCCGAUUGCUUAAGAAGUUCGGAGAGUCGCCGCAAACAGCUGCCAGCACACUGCGACUGGGCCGGGUCUUGAGCCUGGAAGCCUUCCAGGAGUUCAGACAAGAUUCCACGACAUACACAGCAUUACUGAACGACUUUAACAAACAGUUCCUAUCACACAGUAACGAGGAAGUGUUGGCAGAAGCCAGCCGAGCCUUGUUGCGUGCGAAGAGCUACCACGAGCUCGGAGAUGUUCCUGAUGAGAGAAUUGAUUCUCUGUGGGAGGAUACCAUUAGCACGUUCUCCACACUCACGCACGACAAAGAUCUCGAAACGCGCGGUCUACUUUCUACGACAGUGCUCGAUGCUGUGUCUAAAACAGUUCUUCGCCUCGAGAAGUUAUCGAGUAUCGCCAAUCCUGUUGAAUACUUCGAGACCGAGCCUCCCGCUCCAGCUACCGCACGAUCAGAAACUUCUGAGCCCUCUCCACCGAUCGACUCCCUCAUUGCACUCAUUCACCGCGCUGCUUCACCGAAAGAGACCGCUGCUCUUGACGACGCCUUGGCCAUGCACGCUUCACGCACAGUAUGCUUCUACUUCAUGUGGCGAAUACCCGCAUUCAUCAAAGCACUGCAAACAACCACUCUCCCUGAUAUCGAGCUCGAAAAUCUUGCCACCAGACGCGACGCUUAUGUCAACGCCCUUGGAACAGUAUUGAAGACACGUCCAGUAACAGAUGAGCUGAGCCCUAUGGUCUCAGGCAUGCUCCUCGACACUCACACCAUCAUGGCCACCCUACGUCAAGUCACCACGGAUAAGAAUGGCGACGAAUAUCUCGUCCUCGCUCUUGAAAUGGAUGCAGUUUAUCAAAAGCGUAUCCUUCGCGUUUUCAGUGCCGUCGAGUCCACCUUUGCCAAAGCAAGCGGCAAACAUGUAGAAGUCGAAGCCGAAAACCCACAAGCCCAAGACUCUGAAGACGAUGACGAAGAACCUGCCGAACCCAUUGACCAAGACCCAGACUCCGAUGCCGAAGCCUCUGAGGAUGAAGCAGAAGGCGCAGACGAACAACAAACCCAAGCUUCUCAAGUGAAGCGUGUCCAGAAGCUGCAAAACAGUUUAUUAGCCGAACAGAGGCUGUGUGAAUUGGCUUCUAAACUAGUUCUUGCUGUUUUGGGCAGAAUGGUCAAUGUGGCUGCUGUGAAGCAGAGACUUGAACGUAACAAGACGAAAUUGGGACACAAUUUCAAACUCGUACUGGAACACCUUGAUGCACAGACCAAGGGGAAGAAGGGCAAGGGUAAAGUGGCUGCUGCAAAGGGUGGUGCUCAGCAAGCCAAACCCAAGCCAGUUCCACAACAGAUCAAGAGCACCAUACACGUUGAUCAAGAAGAUGACGAGGAUGAGGAAGACGAAGAAGAAGUUCGUGAGAGGGAGAUUGCAGAAGAUGAUGAGAUGGCGGAUGUAGAUGAGGAAGGCGGUAAUGACGAAGCAGAAGCAGAAGCAGAGGGAGCAGACAAGGAAUCAGAAGAUGUGGAUGCAGAGGCUGAGACUGAGGAGUAG